AUGGCCCUUACCACCAAGAACAGAGUCGAGGCCAGACUCACAGGCGAGGGGUCUCUCGCGGCCAGCGUGGGUCGUCCAGAGGUCGGGCCACAGCUCGCCGUGGCAGCGGCAGACAGCACCACGGCAUGCAGACUCAUUCUGAAGCUCCUACCCGGCAACGUGAUGACCAAGCUGCUUCGAACUCCUGGCCGUUUGGACAGUGGCUUCGAAAUGGAAACCCAGGUGGACCUUAUGGAGAAGAUGGUCGAAGAAUCCGAGGAAAGAAUCAUGAAACGAGUUCGAGAAAACCAAUUGGACGUGGGAAGAAUGAUCCAAGAUUCCGAGGAAAGAACCAUGACACGAGUCCAGGGGAAUCAGAUGGAUAUCUUCGAGGGGAUGAUCCAACAUUCCAAAGAGAGAAGGAUACCACAAGUUGGAGAAAAUCAGACAGGCAUUUUCAAGAGAAUGAUACAAGAGUCCGAGGACAGAAUCAUGAUGCAGGCUCGACGCGCCCAGAUAGAUCUUCACAAGCGAAUGAUGAAAGAAUCCGAAGGGCGGGUAAUGGCACGGGUCCGAGCUUUGCUGGCUCGUUGUGGCAUCACAUCCCGGGACCAGCAGGGAAUGAUCCAGGAAGGCUCAGAUCGUUCCAGACAUCACGGUAAUAACGGAGGCUUUGAAUCGAUUUCUUCCGACGGACGCUCUCAAAAUGCCCUCCGUGACCAGCGUGCAUUGAUGCAGCAAGACUCGGAUCGUUGCAGACACAACAGUAGUAACGGAGGCUUUGAAUUGAUUACUUCCGACGCACGCUCUCGAGACGCAUUGCGGCUUACCAGACAAGAUACCUCGCGGCAGAUGGCACAGUUGUCUAUCUCUGGUCUAAGAGACCAGUUUCAGAACCAGAGCGUCACCGACACGGCGAGAGAAGGCACCCAGUUGCCAGGCUACAGGACAAAUUUCAAGAUUGCAGUCGACAUACUCUCAGCAAAGCCUCCGGUUCAGUCUUAUCAGCUUGCUCAAAUUACUCGCCCGUGGUUUCCUGCAGAACUAACCAAAGAGAAGCAGGCCCAGUACGACAGCGAUCGUGGAAUUGUAUCCGCAAUGAUCGAGCUGACAAGGUCGAUGGACGACAUGGGAGACAUGAUGAAUGAGUCAACACUCAAUCUUUGGAACAUUACCAUCUUGGUUUACCAAGAAUCCCCUUACUGGCUUCUCUCAGCUCACCAUGGAUUCUCGUGCAAAAAUGUGAAUGAUCAAGUCGAGAUGGGGGAGAUAACCCACGAGGCUCUAUGGCCUCUGGAGUUCGUCCACCAACUGGGCAACAUUAUUGUGCACCCGUUUUUUGCCUGCCGUCCGAAUGGUGCAUUCUUUCGACUGGCACUUCAGUUUGCCAUCGCUUGCCGCUACCCUUUCGCCUGUGCGUGGGACAUUUCCAACCUCGUUACAGAGUCAGGUAUCGAGUGCCCUUUGAUCGCAGCAUUGCAGGAAGACAUGCUAGGUGCUGUUGCUAAGUCCACAGACAAUGAUGGCUUCCACCGAUUCGUCAUGUACAGUGGUAUCACUGUGCAUCAGAGACUGGGCAUCAUCCAUGAGGUCUUCGAAUCCGAUGAGCCUGAUUUUUCCCCGUCCCAGGAGGCCGCAUUUCUGCUGGAGUUGGGUCGCCUCACUCCUGAGGCACCAGGUCGCGAGGCGAUUGAAGACUUGAAGCGUGAAAGCUUGGGUGAUAAGCGUUGCGUUUUCUUCGUCAAAAAAGGCGACCUAGACAAGAUACAGCAAGUCUUGGAUAAGGUAGCACCGGAUCAGUCGACUUCGGAUCAAGUGACAACUAUUGAGACGAGCGUUCACUCCGAGUUCAGAGCGAUCAGUCACGAGACGUUGAAGGGACAGAUGGAGGAUGCAUAUCGACACGAAAUGCACCUUCGAAAGGCAUUCAACGACCGCGCGGCGUUGCUGAACGAGGAUGUCCUGAUUUAG